AUGUCUUCUUUAUUGCCACUAGCAUCAUACAACUUGGAGCUCCACCCAUUCUCUCCGGAACCUUGCCAACCGGAAGAUUUCCCGGUCACUGUCAGAUUGACCCUGGCAGCCGUGAACCCAGAACCUUUCGAUGACAAGGAAGAACCAUCCACUUUGAGAAUUCUUAAAAAGUCUAUCAAGCUCGAUGAUUAUGACUCUGACGAGGAGGACUUUGAUGAUGACGAUGACAGUGAGCAAGAAUCCGAAGAUGAUAUCGAAGAUGAAGGCAAAAUCCAAGAGAUCGAUGAAAAAAAGGACGAGGAAGACGAGGACAAAGCAGGGAACGAAAGCGAUGAUUCUGGUGAGGAAUCAGGAGAUAGCUCUCAAAGUGAAUCGGAGAAUGAUGAGAUUGAUGAUGAUGAUGCAAUUGAAGAGCACAUUAUUUGCACGCUUUCGCCAAAAAGCCAGUUCCAGCAAACUUUGGACCUGACUAUUUUGCCAGAUGAAGAAGUUUACUUUGUCGUUACUGGCUCCUACUCCAUCCAUUUAACCGGUAAUUAUGUUGAACACCCUUAUGAUGAAGAAGAAGAUGACUAUUCUGAUGAUGAUUCCGAGGACGAUGAAGAUUUCGAUAGCGAUGAGUAUGAUCUCACCCCGGACGAAGACGAAAUUAUUGAAGGAGAAGAUUUUGAUCUUGAUGACUUGGAGGGGGUUGAUGAUAUCGAGGGUAAAAUUGAGGAACUUGUUGAGGAAGAUCAAAAGGCUGGUAAAAGUGAUAAGAAGAGACCAGCUGAAGAGGAGCCAAAAGAAGUGAAAGACUCAAAAAAAAUCUAA